AUGUGUCAAUGUACCCAAUGCGUGGACCCGUCGACUCGUCAGAGAGAAUUCAACUAUGCCGAUAUCCCCACGAAUAUCUCCGUCACAGAAGUUGAACAGGAUCCAGGUUCAAGCAACUGGAAGGUGAAGUGGAACAAUGACAUUCCUGGUUAUGCUAAUCAUGUUUCGGAAUAUUCUCAUUCUAUCUUGACUCAAGUGCUACACGGUCUGCCUGCCGGGUUGGACGUCCCACGUGUCCUCUCGGUUUGGGAUGGAAAGACCUUUGAACAAGAAACCAAAGACAUCGACUAUAAUGAGCUGUUGGAAAGCGAGCAAACACUGGCAGCUGCCCUGGAACUUUUUCAGAAACAUGGCUUGAUUUUCGUAACAGCAGUACCUGAAGAGGAGGAAGCAGUAAGACAAAUGCUCCGACGGCUUACUGGGUUGUAUAGGAAUACCUUUUAUGGUGAGAAUUGGAAUGUCAGGUCGGUUCCACAGGCGAAGAACGUGGCAUAUACCAGCAAGAUAUUGGGGUUCCACAUGGAUCUGCUAUACAUGAAGGAGCCACCUGGGGUACAACUGCUGCAUUGUCUACAGAAUUCGUGUCAAGGUGGAGAGUCCGAGUUUGCUGAUACGUUCAAGGCUGUGGACAUACUGAGGCAGGAACACCCUAAAUAUGUCGAGAGAUUGGCGAGUUCGAAAAUCAGAUACGGGUAUUCGAACGAUGGCCAAUUUUACUCGGACGACAAGCCUGUCAUCAAGGUAGGCAAUGAGAAGCACCGUCCCAUUGCAGAAAUCACUGGGGUAGCAGAUCCGGACUUCAUGCAGAAUGUCGAGUGCACUUUCUGGAGUCCUCCUUUCGUCAAUUCUAUUGCACCAGCCGCACAUGAUGGCAACACCAAAGAGUUCGUUGACGCAUCGAAGGCCUUUGCGGAAGUGUUACAGCGACCAGAACUGAUAUUUGAGACGAAAUUACCGGCUGGAACAUGUGCCAUAUUUGAUAACCUACGGGUUGUGCAUGCUAGAAAAGCAUUCGAUAUGAACAGUGGAAGUCGCUGGUUGAAGGGCAUGUAUGGAGACAGGCAAGAUUUGUUAAGCAAGACUCUAAAACACGCCUGGAACAAGGGCACGGAGCAAUAUGUAAAGCGGUAA